CUGGCUAGGAAGUGUUCGGGCGUUGAAUUUGUAGUUUCAGUAGAUAAACGGCGGAGUGCGUGUUUCCACCAUGUGCAAGUGAAGUUAGUGCUCUUAACAUUCGUAAGGAACCGUGGGAUAAUUCUGGUUUCCAAUUGCGGAACCCACAAGUGUACUAGAACAGAACAGGACGACUGGCACCGCGAUAAUGGACUUCCAGAGCUCGAAGGAAAGUCCUAGCAACAAGUUCGUAUGUCCUAGUGAUCGACAGCUGGCUCUGCGCGCUAAGCUUCACACAGGAUGGAGUACCGGCAAACCUGGCAGUCCACUUCGGCCGGAGGAGCAAGCUGUUAUACUCUCUGUGAUUCGGCGAAAUGAGGCGUUAGAAACGGCGGAACGCCUGCGAGUGGGUCGUUUGGUGGAAAGGCUUGAGAAAUUGAAGCACAGAGCGGCGGAAUGUGGGUCACAUUGCUGCCGACUAUGUGGUCAAACUUUUGGACUUCUUGGGCCAUCAAAACUAAUUUGCGGUGAUUGUCAGAAGGCAGUGUGUUCCAAGUGCUCAAUCGAUAUAAAUGUGAAGUCACCCAAACAUAAAGAAGUUUGGUUAUGCAAAAUUUGCUCAGAAACACGAGAAAUCUGGAAAAAGUCAGGAGCUUGGUUUUUCAAAGGUCUUCCACGUUAUGAAAUCCCGAUAAAGUCUUCCAGCACUAGAAACUCGCUGCGCGAAUCCAAAUCGAGGCCAAUAAAAACCACCAAGUUAGGAAUGCAGAUCGAGGAGAGCAGCUCUGACGAAGAUAAUGACACUGUAGACAGACAAACUGUUGGUGGCAUGAAACGUGAGGAGAGUUUCAGGUUAAAAGCUAUGGGAUCGUUUCGCAGUUUCUCCAAUUCAAUAUUUUUCAAUCGACAAAUCUCCUCCGGUGAUGUCAAUCAACAAGAUUGGGAUACUAUGUCUACCAGUUCAGCUUUGGGCUAUUGUCGUCGUGAGAGUGCCAACACGAGGCGAGGUUCCGUUUCUUCCACCUGGUCCAUGAGUGAAUCAUCAAGUGCCAACAGCAGUAACAUGAAUCAAAUAGCGCAGCAGUGUCGGGAACCUUUACUUGGCUGGAUUGAGUUAUCUCUCAACUACAGUGAAAUGGAUCACACAUUGGAAUGUAGUGUGCUUCGAGCCCGGGACUUGCCUGCUAUGGAUAGUGCUGGCUUGGCGGAUCCAUUCUGUAAAUUAAACAUCAUAACACCGGAAGGAACUACAAAACAGCUCAAAUGGAUUAGAACCAAAACAGUUCACAAGACGCGCAAUCCAGAAUUUAAUGAAACAAUGACAUUCAUCGGAGUUGAACCUGAGGAACUUGGAAAUUCGGUCCUUUAUGUUGUGAUACUGGAUGACGAUAAGUACGGUCACGAUUUUCUUGGGACGGCUAAAGUAGCACUAUCAACGGUAUAUAGCACAAGACCAUAUAGAUUAUCUGUACCCUUAGGAACUGAAGACCAAUACAGUAUUGAAGCGGGAUCAUCUGGCCCUUGGCCUCGAGGACAAAUAUUAGUGGCACUUUCUUAUAACACAAAGAAAAGAUCAUUGAUUGUUCAGAUAAAGCGAUGCAUAAAUUUAGUGCCUAUGGACAGCAAUGGGAGUUCCGACCCAUUUGUUAAAUUGCAUCUAAAACCUGAUUCGCACAAAAAGAAGUAUAAAACAAGCACAAAAUGGAGGAACCUCAAUCCUGUGUAUAAUGAAGAGUUUAAUUUUGAAGCACGACCAAAUGAUCUGGACAAACAGUCAUUGAUCCUCACUGUUUGGGAUAAGGACAUUGGGAAAAGCAACGACUUCCUAGGUUCAUUGGUGUUGGGCCAUAAUAGCAAAGGGCGAAGAUUGAAACAAUGGAAUGAUUGUCUGCGGCUCCCAGAUCACUUCCACGAACAAUGGCAUUGUCUUUCAAAUGAACAACCACCCCACUAAUGAACAUUGGUUGCUGGGUAAUUUUGAAGUGGCCUUAAUUUCAGAUAAUUUGUCUUCUUUCCAUGUCGAUCACAAAUACUAAGUAUACAUAAACAUAAUUAGAAAUGAAAUCUUAGAGUUUUUUACAAGUGUACGCGAUAAUUAUGAUAUAUUCUUUUGAUUGCGAAUAAAACGCUA